GCCAGAAAAGCCGAGAAUAGGGCAAGUAAACACCAGACACCAUCACAACAACUGGAAGCAGCAAAGGCAAAAUCGCGAGCGAGACCAAAACCCUAGCCCCUACGCCGCUGCAGCCGAUCUACGCAGCCGUCGUUCCAUUGCUGCCGGAAUCUUCCCUACAUUCCAUUUCUAACUCUCGCCUUUCCCAAUGGCAGCCAUGCUGCAGCCGCAGAUUAUAUUGCUGAAGGAGGGGACGGACACGUCCCAAGGGAAGGCACAACUGGUCAGCAACAUAAAUGCGUGCAUGGCCGUGGCUGAUGUGGUUCGCACAACGCUUGGCCCAAGGGGAAUGGACAAGCUGAUCCACGACGAGAAAGGCAACACCACCAUUUCGAACGAUGGUGCCACCAUCAUGAAACUUCUAGACAUCGUUCACCCAGCUGCCAAGAUCCUUGUUGACAUUGCCAAGUCACAGGACUCUGAGGUUGGUGAUGGAACCACUACUGUAGUUCUACUUGCAGCUGAGUUUCUGAAGGAGGCAAAGCCAUUUAUCGAGGAUGGAGUCCACCCUCAAAAUCUGAUCCGGAGUUACCGCACUGCUUCCUAUUUGGCACUCGAGAAGAUAAAAGAAGUGGCUGUUGGUAUAGAAGGAAAAAGUCUAGAAGAAAAGAAAACUUUACUGGCAAAAUGUGCUGCUACAACUCUUUCUUCAAAGCUCAUUGGUGGAGAAAAGGAGUUUUUUGCAUCAAUGGUUGUGGAUGCUGUCCUUGCAAUUGGCCAUGGUGACAGGCUAAAUUUGAUUGGUAUUAAGAAGGUUCCAGGAGGUACCAUGCGGGAUUCCUUUCUUGUAAAUGGUGUUGCCUUCAAGAAGACAUUCUCAUAUGCUGGGUUUGAACAGCAACCAAAGAAGUUCAUAAACCCCAAGAUUCUCUUAUUAAACGUUGAAUUGGAAUUGAAAUCAGAGAAAGAAAAUGCUGAGAUAAGACUUUCCGAUCCUUCACAGUAUCAGUCAAUUGUUGAUGCGGAAUGGAAUAUCAUUUAUGACAAAUUGGAUAAAUGUGUGAAGAGUGGGGCCAAAAUUGUUCUAUCACGGCUAGCUAUUGGUGAUCUAGCCACACAGUAUUUUGCAGAUCGGGAUAUAUUUUGUGCUGGUCGUGUGACAGAAGAGGAUCUUCAGCGAGUUGCAGCUGCCACAGGUGGAACUGUGCAGACGUCUGUUAAUAACAUUAUUGAUGAGGUUCUUGGGUCUUGUGAUCUGUUUGAGGAAAGGCAAGUUGGAAAUGAACGCUUUAAUAUAUUUAGUGGGUGCCCAUCUGCUCUGACAGCUACCAUUAUUCUACGUGGUGGAGCUGAUCAGUUCAUUGAAGAAGCUGAAAGGAGUUUACAUGAUGCAAUCAUGAUUGUUAGAAGAGCUCUAAAAAAUUCUACUGUUGUUGCUGGUGGUGGUGCAAUAGAUAUGGAGAUAAGCAGAUACUUGAGGCAGCAUGCACGGACAAUUGCUGGCAAAUCUCAGCUUUUUAUUAACUCCUAUGCCAAAGCUCUAGAGAUUAUCCCUCGACAGCUUUGCGAUAAUGCUGGCUUUGAUGCGACCGAUGUACUGAACAAGUUGAGACAAAAGCAUGCACUACAAUCUGGUGAGGGUGCACUGUAUGGGGUAGAUAUUAACACUGGUGGAAUUGCUGAUUCGUUUGCUAACUUUGUUUGGGAGCCAGCAGUUGUCAAGAUCAAUGCCAUAAAUGCUGCUACUGAGGCAGCUUGCCUCAUCUUAAGUGUGGAUGAGACUGUGAAAAACCCAAAGUCUGAGAGUGCACAGGGAGAGGCUGCUGCAAGUGCCAUGGGUAGGGGUCGAGGUGGAGCUGCUUUCCGUGGCCGUGGACGUGGAAUGAGGAGGCGGUAGUGGCCUUCCCCAUCUUAAUACGGUGAAGAAUCAUUGGUUCUGGUAGUAAAAGUAUCAGUGAGACUGGGCUUCAAAACCUACUUUGUUAACCAACUUAAGCUCAUGUUGUGAGGGUUAAGUUGUAUUUCAUCUCCUCCUUCAAUAGCCAAUCAUUGUUUGACUAAUGGAACCUCAGGCCGAUGUGACAAUUUUACUGUUAUAUCUGGUUUGUUUGGGGAAUGUGGCUGCCGCUGCCCACGUUAUUUUUGUGUCUCGAAGUGUUUGGUAAUCUUUGGCUCUUGUAUGAAUUCUGAUUUUUGGCAUUGACAGGAAGUUUGCAGUAA